CUCCCCAGGGGCCGGACGGUCUUAUGAUCCGGCGGAUCCUCCGGGGGAGGCCGGGCCGGGGAGCGGGUUCGGGCGCCGAGCGGCGGGGCCGGCAGGCGGGCGCGGCGAGCGGGGCCGGGGCGGGGAGCGGGGCAGCGAUCGAAGCGGCGGCGGCUGCGCUCCGGGCCCGGCGCACCUCCCCCUCGGGUCAGGGGAACCGCUGCAUGGGGCCGGGGGGGCGGCCCUGCUGCGCCGAGCGGCGGCGACGGCGGACCCCCCAGGCGGGCUGGGGCUGAGCCCGGGGCCGGGAAGGGGGCUCCGGGGGGACCAUGCCCCGAGGCCGGCCGGCCGCAGCAUGGCUCACGGGCCCGGCGCGCUGAUGCUCAAGUGCGUGGUGGUCGGCGACGGGGCAGUGGGCAAGACGUGCCUGCUCAUGAGCUAUGCCAACGACGCCUUUCCCGAGGAGUACGUGCCCACCGUCUUCGACCACUACGCAGUCAGCGUCACCGUGGGGGGCAAGCAGUACCUCUUGGGACUCUAUGACACAGCUGGACAGGAAGACUAUGAUCGGCUGAGGCCUUUAUCGUAUCCCAUGACUGACGUCUUCCUCAUAUGCUUCUCUGUGGUAAAUCCAGCCUCAUUUCAAAAUGUAAAAGAGGAAUGGGUACCAGAACUAAAGGAAUAUGCGCCAAAUGUCCCCUUCUUAUUAAUAGGAACUCAGAUUGAUCUCCGAGAUGACCCCAAAACUUUAGCAAGACUGAAUGACAUGAAAGAAAAACCUGUCUGUGUGGAACAAGGACAGAAGCUAGCGAAAGAGAUAGGUGCAUGCUGCUAUGUGGAAUGUUCAGCUUUAACCCAGAAGGGUUUGAAGACUGUGUUUGAUGAGGCUAUCAUAGCCAUUUUAACUCCAAAGAAACACACAGUUAAAAAAAGAAUAGGAUCAAGAUGUAUAAACUGUUGCUUGAUUACGUGAAAACAUCUUUUGUGGCCCAGGAAACUGUCCAUUUCUCCCAGAAAGCAUUUGAAAUGCUACAGCAAUGUCCUGACCUGUUACAAUGAAGCAGUUUAAUUCAUGGGGCAGGAGGCCUGUCCCCAGCAUUUCACAGAGUUCAUUGAGAAUGUUUCGUAAAGGUCUAAGCAGCAGCAAACAGCAUCUCAAGCCACAAUCUACUAUAAAUACUUUAUUUCAACUAGAAGGUACAAUCUCUCAGGGGUUUCAUAGUUAAAAAGCUACAAUCACAUCAUGUUGAAAUGACAUUUAAAAAGAACAACAGUGCUGUAAAUGGACUGCUUGGCUUUGACAUUUCUGCACAGCCCUAUGGAGUCUGCACAAAGAAAUAACGUCUCCCUUUCUCCUCUUAAUUGUUCUUGUAUGUAAGCUGCUUUCUAUUCCAGUAUAUCCAGAGUGGUGAGAUAGCCAGGCCAGCCAUGUAGCCAGAGGUUGCUCCAAGUGUACAGGAGAUGGGCCACACCUGAGGACAGAAUUAGAGAUAGAAACCCACCGGUUUUAUUACUUGAGCACAAAUUGAGUGUAACAUAAACAUUUCUAUAGCGAGGCUUAAUGUGCUUUCUUAAAGAAUGCCAAAAGUUUAUAGACUGUAACUGUAUUUAUCAUGAACAGUAAAAUGUACACAUUUCAGUUAAUGUGCAUUCAGCAGUAACAAGGCUUCCGGCGAUUAUAGAUUUAGUUUGAUGUUCCCCAAAUUGCAUGAAAUACAUGCUAAAGCAAAAUUUAAAAAUUGGGUCAUAGUUUUCCAUAAUCCUGAACUCAGUUUAGCUCUCUGAAUUAGUUGGCCGUUUUUUCUAAUUCCUAUAUUGGCUGUGUACGUCAAAUGAAACAAGCAAGAAGUAUGCAGGCUGACCAAACCUUAGAAACAUUAAGUUGUGUCAGAGGGAAGACCUGGAAUCUAAGGCUGUUACGUGGGAUUGUGGGUAUCCGCCUCCAUAAAGCUGACGUCCAGUCUGAGCUGCAGAUGCCGCACCCACAGACGGUACAAGCCACACCUAGAGUGCGAGGCAAGCGGAAUGCUGCUGGCUCCCUAAGACUCUUUCUCCAGCCAUUUCAUUAGACCAGAAAUAAAGAAUGGUGAUUCUUCUAUGCCAUAGGAAGGGUGUGUGGGUCCCUAGGUAAGAGGCUCUGUGUAAAAAAAAAAAAAAAUCUUGGAAACAAACUUUCAUGUUCCUUUGUAAAGCUUAUUUGGUGUACUGGAGCCAUUCCUAACCCCGCUCUGGGGAAUAGGCCAUCUAGGCCUGCUGGAGACAAACCAUCUUAGUAACUAACUGGCUGGUACCUCAUUUGGCUUUUCUUCAGUCUGCUAUGGAUCUGCCUUAUUCUAAAUGCCAUGCGACAGACAGUAGUAGUUUUAGGCAAAGCUUCCAAUGUGAACCACCUCAUGCAGUUUAGAGAAGCAUAAUCUAAUCCAUACGUUGUUACCAGCCUUCCUUAGGUUCAGAUCUGCUGCUGCUUAAACUACGACUUCUUUGUCUUUAGCAAGCUUCUGUUAUCGUCCAUGAUUUGUGCUCACAGCUUUGUCUAUUGCACAGAUUGGGUAAUGGAACACUAAACAUAAAUACUUGAAAAUGACAGCCUUAAAUGUUCAUACCAGUCACAAAUCUAGAUGUACUGUCUUGCAUGUGAGCUUUGUAGGAGUUUUUAAAAUGUAAGCACCACACUCCCCCACUCGGUAGUGGACAGUCUACUGGACAAGAGCUUUCUCUUGGAAGUGGACAUAGUAUGCCCUUCAGUGGUGGUUCACAUUAAGUAUAUCAUGGCCUUAUGUAUGCUCAAAUGGGAUUUCUGUAACUUUCCCAUUUAGUUUUGGUCCGUUUUUAGAUAGAAUUGAAAGAAAUUGUAUAGUCAGUUAACAUAUUAACUAAGUUGUCAAACCUAUGAUAUGAAGGAAUCAAGACAGUAAAGUAUUAUUCAUUUCCAAGUUGCCUAUGGAGAUUUGAUGGGUUUUUUUGUUUUUUCUACAUCUGUGAAACCCUUGACACUUGGUGUAUUAGGAAUGAAAGUUAGAGUCAAGGACUUUCUUGCUCCACGAGAAAUGGAUUAGGAAUCUGGAAUGCGCACUGGUGUCACCUCAGCUUCCUCCUGUGUGACCAUGGGAACAAUCUCCAGUGUCCCUCCCAUUCAUAAGCUCUUACCACUCUCUUCUGAUUCACAGCAAUCACAGUUGGACAUCACUAUUUCAGCGUCACCUUCUCCAGAUGGUAAGAAUCAUGUAUAUAGAAUAUUCGAACUCUAAGCAGAUGAUUGCAUCACCUGAACCUGAGGUGCCUUAGGUACUCUAUUUACCUUGAUGGGGUUUGGAGUUUCCCAUUGCUUGUUAAGAGCUCUUUGUGUUGGUUAUUUAGUAUUUCUUUCUGCAAAAUCUUCUCUGCCACUUUAACCAGAAAACCAAAGAUUUGUUUUCUAUUCAUGAGCAGAUUAUAGAAAAAAAUGCCUUAUUUUCAGAAGCAUAUCUUCAUUAAAGGCUUAGGCUGCAACAGAAAUUCAGACUAAUCUCUGGAAUAACCCAAACUAGUGAACUAUUUGGGAAAGAAAAUGCUUGUCAACAAUAUUUUAUUAACACGAGUUGUGUUGGUGAGUGCAGUGCUUCAGAUAAGGUCAAGUGUGAAAGAACUCAGAGAAAAUUAGAACUGAUCAGUGUUUGCAGAGAAAAUUUGUUCUCAAGUCCUUUGAAAAAUUUUAGGGGAACCCUGAAAUCUAAUAGCACCUUGCUAAUGUAUGCCCUUACUCUGUCCUUACAGGUACAUUGUAGCUUACUUGCGAUGAAUUAUCAUAUUUCCAAUAAGUAGAGCUUGAGUUUAUGCUAUUUGUUAUGAAUUAUCUUAGUUACUUUAGAUACUGCUUCCAUUUGAUUUUUAAUUAUUGGUUUUAAAUAGCAAAUUAAGUACUGGUUUGUUGGUUGUUGCUUUUUAAAUGAUUGUUACUUCAACAACGUCCCUUCCUAACGUAUGGGGUCAUAAUAAAGUGAAAUGCAUAAUGAC